AUGAUUUUUCUUUUCAGCAGCAUUAUUCUUUUACAUGGACCUCCAGGGACAGGAAAAACAUCUUUAUGCAAAGCACUGGCACAAAAAUUAUUCAUUAGAUUCAGCUUCAGAUACCCACAGUGUCAAUUAAUCGAAGUUAAUGCACAUUCAUUGUUUAGUAAAUGGUUCUCUGAGAGUGGCAAGUUGGUUGCAAAGCUUUUCCAAAAAAUUCAAGAAAUGAUGGAGGAAGAACACAAUCUGGUAUUUGUUCUAAUUGAUGAAGUUGAAAGUCUUGCUGUUGCUAGAAAUGUUGCUUUGUCUGGUUCUGAACCUUCAGGUUCCAUUCGGGUUGUAAAUGCGCUAUUAACUCAGAUGGAUAAUCUGAAAUUAGCUCCCAAUGUUAUAAUUACGACUAUGUCCAAUAUAACUGCUGCUAUUGGCUGGAGAAGAAUCCACCCUUUGGGAAUGUAUAAAUUUACUACUAGCGUUGCAGAUAUUGCAUUUGUUAACAGAGCCGAUAUCAAAGCAUAUGUGGGUCCUUCAACUCUUCAAGCUCGUUACGAAAUUUUAAGAUCCUACUAUGCUACUUUGAAAGAGAAACUAAAUAUAGAUGAGAAUCAGGAGGUUCAAACAACUAUUCACCUGUGUAAGCAAUUAUAUGUUGAAUGCACCUCAGCAGCAAUUCAGGCACUAGCCUCAUUCAGGAAAUUAUAUCCUGAACAUAGAACAGAAGAAAUUCAAAAUUGUAUUGGUAGAGCUGUUGGAUUCUGCUACUUCGAGCAAUUCUUCAACAUGGCAAUCUCAGUAUCCAUUGCUGAAGAACUUGCUUUGUGCUGUCAUUUUUUGCUAGGUAUGGAUCAUGGGGCAUAUGCUUCAGUUAUGCAGGAUUCAUUUACUUAUAAGAAGGAGAUGCAAAGCAAGAAGUUUGAUACUUGA